GUGGUUACAGCUUGCUUGUUCCGGUACAAUGGACUAUCAUUCGUCUACCUCAUCUACCUCCUCCUUAUCCCCCUCUUCGCUGAGCCCACCAGCACAACCAUGCAGGGCCACACGGGGCGCCUGCUCAUGUCCCUGUGCUUCAGCAGUCUCAGCUUCCUGCUCUUCCACAUCAUCUAUCAGAUCACUGUCAACAGUCUAUUGGCUGGGAACAACAUAGACCGCGCCUUCAACUGUUCAACGUGGGAGAAAUCUAUACGUCAAAUUGGCUUCGAAAGUGUGAUAGGUGCAGAUGCAGGGAACGGUAUCCGUGUGUUCCUCCCUGACAUAGGGAUGUUCCUAGCAGGGCUGGCCUGCUGGCUUCUGUGUCGUAGUCUGUUUCAGAAGAGACCGCCAGAGGACAUGGCCCAGGACAACACUGACUACGAACCGGAGGGAGAGGAGGAAGAGGAAAAGCUGAGCCUUGAUGACAACGUCCUGUUGGAUGAGGACUUUGAGGCUGGGUACGAGGCUGGAGAAGAGGAGGAGGAAGAGAUGGAGGAGGAAGAGGGGGAAGAUGAUGAAGAGGAGGAAGAGAGCAACAAGAUGAAGAUUCUGCGUCACAUUGCAGGCGUGGCGUCUAAAGUGAAGGAGAUCAUUGGGAAUCUGAUCACCACCGCGGGAAAAGUGGUGGUCACUAUACUGUUAGGAGUCACAGGUAUCACGCUGCCCUCCCUGACGUCUGCGGUAUAUUUCUUCGUGUUCCUGUUCCUGUGUACGUGGUGGUCGUUCUGCCGCACCUUCGACACCCUCAUCUUCAGCUGUAUGUGUGUCCUCAUGGCCAUAUUCAGCGCUGGACACCUGGUCGUCCUCUACCUCUAUCAGUUUCAGUUCUUCCAAGAGAGCAUCCCUCCAGAGGACAGCUACAUCAGUCUGUUCGGCAUCUCAUCCAUCAUCCAGACUGACUGCUCCUCCACGUGGAGGAUGAUAGUUAACCCUGAUCUGGCCUGGCACCACUUUGUUAACCCCAUUAUGCUGCUGCUGCUGUACUACACCCUGGCCACUCUCAUACGCCUCUGGCUCCAGGAACCUAUAGAGGAACCUAUAGAGGUAGGUAACACCCUGGUAUCUCUCAUACUCCUCUGGCUCCAGGAACCUAUAGAGGGGUUGACUGCAAAGUCCAACGGGACGUCUUGUGACAUCUCCACCCUAAACUCGUUGGAGAAUAGACCGGUCGGUCUGGACCUGUACUCCACCCCACAGUAUAAAAUGGACCAAACCAAUAACAUUACAGAGAAGAAGAAUGGAAGUGUGUAUGACGUCAAUCCAACCGUGGGUGGAGAGCCUGCUGGGAUGGAGGAGGAGGAGGAGAAGAAGGAACAGGGCGAUGAGGAGGAGGAGGAGAAGGAGAAGGAGGGCAGAGUGAAUGCUGUAGUAACAGUGUUCAGGUUCAUUAUGAAGCAAAGCUAUAUCUGUGCUCUCAUAGCCAUGAUGGCGUGGAGCAUCACGUAUGUUAGCUGGCUGACGUUUGUGUUCCUGAUGUGGUCGUGUAUGUUGUGGAUGGUGAGGGACCGACGUCGUUACACCAUGCUAACCUCUCCCUUCAUGGUGCUCUACGGGAACCUGCUCAUUGUGCUGCAGUACAUCUGGAGCUUUGAGCUGCUGGAGCCCGUGCCUGGACUCUUCCUCAAGAAGGACGUGCCCUUCAGUGAACUGGGAUCCAAGGUCCUGUGUCUGUUGAGCUUCUGGCUGCUGCUGAGACAGACUCUGACAGAGAGAAAGGACAAGCAGAGAGAGGAGGAUGCUGUACUCACUGACGUACAUGUGGAUGACCAACCCAAGAAGAAGAAGGAGGAAGAGGAGGAUGAGGAAGGAGGGGAGCAGGACAUCAUGCAGGUUCUGGGGAACAUGGUGAUGGAGAUGCUGGUGAAAUACUGGAUCUAUAUCUGUGGAGGGAUGUUCUUCUUCGUCAGCUUCGAGGGACGCAUGGUCAUGUAUAAGAUCAUCUACAUGAUGCUCUUCCUCUUCUGUGUGGCGCUCUAUCAGGUGCACUAUGAGUACUGGAGGAGGAUCCUGAAGUACUUCUGGAUGUCUGUGGUGGUCUACACCAUGCUGGUCCUCGUCCUGGUCUACACCUUCCAGUUUGAGACUUCUCUACCCUUCUGGUCUAACAUGACUGGCAUGAGUGAAGAGAAACUGAAGGACCUGGGGCUAGAACAGUUCUCCGUAUCGAUGCUCUUCACACGUAUCUUCAUCCCCACCUCCUUCCUCUUGGUGUGUAUCCUCCACCUUCACUACUUCCACGACCGCUUCCUGCUGCUCACUGACCUGAAGGCUGUGGCCCAAAAACAGGACAGCACCAUCUACAGUCAUGCUAAAGUCAAUGGUCGCGUGUAUCUGAUCAUGAACAGCAUCAAGCAACACAUUUCCUCUCCACAGAGCAAACUGGUACACCAGGAUGGAAGCCUGGCUGACAUCACCAUGCUCAGCAUCUCUUCUGGAGAAGGAGUGAUACGAGCAGACGACAAGAAAGAGAAGAAGAAGGAGGGAACCCUGGUGGUGGUGAUGCAGGAGAAAGAUGGAGGGAUGAAGCAGAAAGGAGGCCUCCAUCAGUCUAUAGACCUGCGUCAGUCAUUCGGAAAGUCCUUUGAGUUGCAUCAGUCGUUCCAAAAGUCGUUUGAGUCCAGUGCAGGGUCGGGGGGGAGUGGCCACUGCAGUGUGGGAACUGAGCCAGAUCCCUCCACAGAAAACACGACCUCAGACCUAAAGAAUAAGUGGCACCUGGUGGUGGACCGUCUGACUGUGCUGUUCCUCAAGUUCCUGGAAUAUUUCCACAAGCUGCAGCUCUUCAUCUGGUGGCUCCUAGAGAUACACAUCGUCAAGAUCGUCUCUUCGUAUAUCAUACUGGUCUCUGUCAAGGAGGUGUCCUUGUUCAACUACGUGUUCCUGGCGUGCUGGGCCUUUGCUCUACCCUUCGGUCAGUUCAGACCACUGGCCUCCAGUAUCUGUACAGUCUGGACCUGCGUUAUCAUCGUCUGUAAGAUGUUGUACCAGCUGGAAUCUAUACAACCUGCCUCUUACUCCAAGAACUGCUCCAUGCCAAUGAACUACACAGAGAAACAGAGAGAAGAGAUGAAAGACUCUCUGCUGUACAAGGAGCCAGUAGACCCGUCCAACUGGGUCGGACUCAACAAAUUCAACCCUCUACUGGAGAACCUUAGGAACAACCUGCUGAUGUUGGCCAUGCUGGCAUUUGAGGUGACCAUCUACCGUCACCAGCAGUACUACAGACUGAGGAACAAGCUCACCGCGCCCGCCGCUCGCAUCAUCUUCCAUGACAUCACGCGGCAACACCUCGACAACGGCAUCAUCAACUGUGCCAAGUACUUCAUCAACUACUUCUUCUACAAGUUCGGGCUGGAGACAUGCUUCCUACUGGCGGUGAAUGUGAUUGGCCAGCGUAUGGACUUCUAUGCUGUGCUGCAUGCCUUCUCUCUGAUAGCCGUGAUGUACAGACGUAGGAGGAAAGCUAUAGCUGAGAUCUGGCCUAAAUACUGUUGUUUCCAGGCCUGUAUUCUAACCUGGCAGUACUUUGUGUGCAUCGGGAUACCACCUGCAGCUUGCAAAGACUACCCAUGGAGGUUCCCAAACUCUGCAAUGGACUCCAACGUCAUCAAGUGGCUUUAUUUCCCUGACUUCCACACCAACCCCAACCCAAUCUUUCUCGUCUAUGACUUCAUGCUCCUCCUCUGCGCCUCACUCCAGAGGAGUGUAUUUGACGAGGAGAACAAGGCAGCUGUCCGUCUCAUGGCCGGAGACAACGUGGAGAUCUGCAGAGACCUAGACGCGGCCUCGUUCAGCGUUCACAACCCUGUGCCUGACUUCAUACACUGCAGAUCCUACCUGGACAUGCUGAAGGUGAUCAUGUUCAGCUACCUGUUCUGGUUCGUCCUCACCAUCAUCUUCAUCACCGGCACCACACGUAUCAGCCUCUUCUGUUUGGGCUAUCUGGUGGGAUGUUUCUACUUCCUGUUGUUCGGCGGGGAGCUGCUGCUCAAGCCAAUCAAAAAGAUCCUCCACUACUGGGACUUCCUGAUCGCCUAUAACGUGUUUGUGAUCACCAUGAAGAAUAUCCUGUCUAUCCUGGCCUGUGGCUACAUCAACGUCCUGGUGGUAAAUAACUGCUGGCUGAUCCAGCUCCUCAGUCUGGCCUGCACCAUCAAGGAGUAUAAGGUCAAGUGUGAUCUGCCCAGCGACGAGGCUGGGAUCAUCUGGGACAGCAUCUGCUUUGCCUUCCUGCUGUUGCAGAGACGGGUCUUCAUGAGUUACUACUUCCUACAUGUGGUGGCUGACAUCAGGGCCUCACAGAUACUGGCCUCCAGAGGGGCUGAAUUGUUCCAGGCUACUAUAGUGAAGGCAGUGAGAGCCAGACUGGAGGAAGAGAACAAGUCUAUGGAGCAGCUGAAGAGACAGAUGGACCGUAUAAAGCAGCGCCAGGAGAAGUUUAAGAGUGGGAAGAAAAAGAUGUUGAGCCUGGCCCAGGAAUCUGGGGACAGAGAGAACCCCAUCCAGCCGCAGGAAUCUGGGGACAGAGAUAACCCCAUCCAGCCACAGGAGCAGGAGGAAGAGGAUGAUGGAGCAGAGCGAGAAAGAGAGAAAGAGAAAGUGAAAGAGAAAGAAACAGCCAAGACUAAAAAAAGGCAGUGGUGGCGGCCUUGGGUUGACCACGCCUCCAUGGUGAGAAGUGGAGAUUAUUACUUGUUUGAAACUGACAGUGAAGAAGAGGAGGAAGAGGAGGAGAAAAGAGAGGAUCAAGAGCUGCCCAAGAAGUCAGCGUUUCAGCGAGCUAUUGGGAAGUUUGCCUCAGCCCUUAUAGCUCUGCCCAGAUCUAUCAUUAAACUGCCCAAAACCAUCCUUCAGUAUGUAAUCAGGGCAGCCAAGUUUUUCUACCAUGCCUGGAUAACAGACUCCAAGACAGCCAUGAAGGAACGAGGCAAAGAGAAGCGUAAGUUCUGGAAGAGGUACACCAAGAGAGAGAAACACAAGAAGGACAAGAAAGAAGGUCAUGUGACUAUAGAGAUGGAGGAAGAUCCGGAGGGAACACAGGAGAAGAAGUCUGACGGACCAGACAACGUCUUGAAGCGAGUGUUCAACAUCAUCAAGUUCACCUGGGUGUUGUUCCAGACCACGGUGGAGAGCUUCACCAAGUGGAUGAACAACGUGUGUAGAGAACACAUAGACAUCUCCACCGUGCUGCGCAUUGAGAGAUGCAUGCUCACUAGAGAGGUCAAAAAGGGCAACGUCCCGUCCAGAGAGAGUAUCCAUGUGUUCUACCAGAAGCAGAUGCGUAUGAGCAUGUCUCGGGGGUCCAGCCUGGACCGGCUCAGUGAGGAGGACAGUGCGUCGGGGGGGUCUCACAGGGUCCACAGGAGGAGAGGGGACUAUCGCAUGGAGAGCCAGGACAGCAUGGCAUCGUUGGCAUCACGAGACAGCAUAUCCAGUGCCUUCACUGAGGCCACCAUGCUGUUCUCCCGCCAAGACACCCUGGACGAGCUGGACGGAAUGCCGUCAGACGUUCCCAUUCCCAAAACCAGUGAACGUGCCCGGCCAAAACUCCGUAAGAUUUACGGCCUGGAUGCCUCCAAAUCAACUGACAGCAGCAGCAGCCAAGUGUCCAGUGAAACGACCCAGUGCAUCACUCUGUACUCCCGGCAGGGCACCACCGACACCAUUGAGGAGGUGGAGGACGAACAGGACCAGGGGGAAAACAGGCUGCACGGACCCUGGGAACACCCACCUCCGGAGGGGUCAGAGGGGGCUGAAGACAGCCCCUGGCGGGGUGGAGGAGAUGGUAGUGAUGGAGAGACCACAGAGGAGAGGAAGCGGUACCAGGGCCAGGGGGAUCCAUGGGGGUCUCCAGGCCCAGGGGAGGGCCCCUCCUUCAGGGUAGAGGAAGGAGCCUCAACCCUCCUGGCCCUCCGAGAAGGGUCCCGACCAGCGUCCCAGGACUGUACCACUGACAGUGACGACGGGGGUGUCCAGGACCGGCAAGAAUACUUGAAUAGGGAAGAGCGUGACCGGGCGGGGUUGCUGUACACCCCAGACACGGACGCUCCAAACACCUCGGAUGCUGAUGUGCCUCCCAGCUACAGCAAGGCGGUGAGCUUUGACCGUCUGGAGGUGAGUGAGGAUGAGAGCGACAGGGACGACAAUAGGAUGAUGGCGAUGACCCCAGACACCAGCCGGUCAGACUAUCUGGACGACCCUUUGCUGCCCUCACUGACCACUGAGCUGACCGCCAGCGAACUGCUGCUCAACAAGAUGUUCCACGAUGAGGAGCUAGAGCGGUCGGAGCGGUUCUAUGUGGGCCAGCCCCUGGUGCUCCAGUUGAUCUAUGCCCUGUAUAACAUGCUGGUGGCCCACUCUGAGAUGGUGUGUUACCUCGUCAUCAUCCUCAACAACAUGCUGUCAGCCUCCUGCGUCACCCUGGUCCUCCCCAUCCUCAUCUUCCUCUGGGCCAUGCUGUCGGUACCUAGACCCAGUAAGAGGUUCUGGAUGACUGCCAUCGUAUACACUGAGGUCACCAUCGUCAUCAAGUAUUUCUUCCAGUUUGGCUUUUUCCCCUUCAACCAGAACCCGAAGGUGGACGUGAAUAAACCCUACCACCCUCCAAACAUCAUCGGCGUGGAGAAGAAAGAUGGAUAUGUCAUCUAUGACCUCAUACAACUUCUGGCGCUCUUCUUCCACAGGUCCAUCCUGAAGUGUCAUGGUCUAUGGGACGAAGACAACCUUAAUGACACCAAGAAGGAGAUCCUCCGCAGGAACUCUGAGUCAGAAGACGAUGAGAGGAGGGAGAUGGAGGCCACUCCCGUCCCUUCCACCCCCCGCGAGAGGAAGGGGUCCACACAGACCCUCGGGUCUAUAAACCUGGGCAUGGGCACCUCCGUGGACUCUGUACACGUCCCCAUGCACAACCCCCAGCCACAGCAGCAGACCUACCAGAGAAGAAAGAGCUCCAGUGGAGGGUCUCAUAUCUCCCACCGCUCGGUCCACUCUGUACGCUCCAAGAGAGGCAGCACUAACUCCAGGAACAGUAGCCAUAGAGACGGGAGCGAGUCAGUACAGCAGAAGACCAAGAAACAGCUGAUCAAGGAGAAACUCAGAGAACAGAUGAUCAAAGCCAAGACCUUCACUAUCAAAAGGACCAUGGAGGUGUACCUGCCCAUCCGUCUGUUCUUCUACAACCUGGUCCAUCCAGAGUACAGCGCUGUGACAGACGUCUAUGUUCUAAUGUUCCUGGCCGACACCGUCGACUUCAUCAUCAUCGUCUUCGGCUUCUCUGCUUUUGGGAAACACUCAGCGGGAGCAGACAUCACGUCGUCCCUGUCGGAGGACCAGGUUCCCGGAGCCUUCCUGGUGAUGGUUCUGAUCCAGUUUGGGACCAUGGUGGUGGACCGGGCCCUGUACCUCAAGAAGACAGUGCUGGGGAAGGUCAUCUUCCAGGUUAUCCUGGUGUUCGGGAUCCACUUCUGGAUGUUCUUCAUCCUGCCCGGAGUCACUGAGAGGCGUUUCAAUGAGAACACAGUAGCCAAGCUAUGGUACUGUAUCAAGUGUAUCUACUUUGGGCUGUCAGCCUAUCAGAUCCGCUGUGGCUACCCCACCAGAGUCCUGGGUAACUUCCUCACCAAGAGCUACAACUACGCCAACCUCUUCCUGUUUCAAGGGUUCCGUCUGAUCCCGUUCCUGACUGAGCUGCGUGCAGUGAUGGACUGGGUCUGGACCGACACCUCUCUGUCUUUAUCCUCUUGGAUCUGUGUGGAAGACAUCUACGCUCACAUCUUCGUCCUCAAGUGCUGGAGGGAGUCAGAGAGGAGAUACCCCCAGCCGCGGGGCCAGGCGAAGAAGCCGGUGGUGAAGUAUGGGAUGGGAGGGAUGAUCGUCAUGCUUCUGAUCUGUAUCAUCUGGUUCCCUCUACUCUUCAUGUCUCUGGUCAAGUCUGUGGUGGGUGUGGUCAACAAACCACUGGACGUCUCCUUCUCCAUCACCCUGGCCGGGUUCCAGCCCAUCUUCACAAUGAGUGCUCAGCAGAACCAGCUCAGAGAAGUCUCCAACCAUGAAUUCCAUAACACAUUCAUGAGGUCAUACCUCAGCGACCCUGAAGCGAUGCAGUGGUUGGAGUCCUACAUGCCAGAGGACCUAACCAUAGCUGAGUUGGAGGGCAGCUCUAACAGUCUGUGGACCAUCAGUCCUCCCAGUAGAACUAACAUCAUGAAGAUGCUCAGCUCCAAGGAGCAGUUCCCCAUCACUGUAGCUUGGUCUAUCCAACGGAACCCGACUCUGGGAGCGAAGGCUGAGUUUUCUACAGGGAAGAAGGUGAUGUUUCUGGAUGAUAAGACCAAGCUGGAGCUAUUCCUUCUGCUCAAUGGGACGAGAAAAGACGGAGUGGUGAUAAAACAUGGCUUCCAACGGUAUCUCCGAGCCCCGACUGACUCUGAGGCCAAACCCAUAGAGCAGCUGUCUACGGAGGAAGUAUCCAUCACUUUGGCAUUAGAGCGUUUACAUAAUGACUCGGAGGGGGUCCAGGAGUGGUGGAUCGUGAACCAGACGAGUCCGGGAAACAUCAACGUUCGUAGCCCCAAGAAUCUGUACAACGCUGGGCUGGAGCUCUAUGUCUUCAGCGAUCAGGUCAGCCCCCCUCCUAGUCUGGGCUUUCUGGCUGGAUACGGGAUCAUGGGUCUGUACGCCUCCGUGGUGCUCGUCAUCGGUAAGUUCGUCCGUGAGUUCUUCAGCGGUAUCUCCCACACCAUCAUGUUCGAGGAGCUGCCCAACGUGGACCGCAUCCUGAAGCUCUGCACCGACAUCUUCCUGGUCCGAGAGACGGGAGAGCUGGACCUGGAGGAAGACAUGUACGCUAAACUCAUCUUCCUCUAUCGCUCGCCUGAGACUAUGAUCAAAUGGACCAGGGAAAAGACUCAGUGAGCUUGGCUGUAAAAGGCUAGAAGUUUCAAUCCCCUUUCAAUGUGGAUAGAAGUUUAAAAGUAUUAACCUCCCACUGGUCUCUGGGAUGUUGAAGUUAUGGAUGGACUCGAUCAGUCCAGACAGACCGUUUUUGCUGACACUUUAGUCAGUUCUUAACUUUUAGUCAUUUUUAUGGAAGUAGAUCUCCGAGGAGGAAGGAAGGGCCAAAGCUUGCCGGCCCCUGUUGCAACAACAAAAAAGAAACACUGGGUUCUUCUAUUUCAUUUCAGCAAGCCAUGACACCGACCAUCUCAGAUUUUUCUGAAAUAGUCUGUAGUUUGAUGAAGAUGAUAUAAACAUUCCUGCAAAAUUAUUUUGUUGAAAGACAAUUUGAAAUCUGAGAAAUUAAGCUAAUUGAUUGCACACAAAUCAUCAAUUUCAAUUUAAAUACCAAACAUCCAAUU